CAAACUACAGUCAGACAGUGGAAGGUUGCCUUGGCGAAACUGUAUAGACCCCAGUCUGUACACCGUACGCCUCACUAUUUGCGAGUCCCUCGGCCGUUCAAGGAUGUCUGUUGUCGAGGACCACGACGUAGGAGGUAACUCUAUCAGCUUCCUGGAGGUCGAUGGCUUUCGGUAUCCAAUCGUUGACCAGGAAAUAGUGAAGGGCAUGUCGCAGCUGAAGGUCAAAGAUGACGAUAUAUUACUACUUGCAUAUCCCAAAUCAGGUACACACUGGCUUUGGGAAAUCACUUCCAUGCUGCUCCAGGGUAAAGCAGAGACCGUCCCUCACUGGAAGAGUAAAGUCAUGGUGGAGCUCCAGCCACAAGAAGUCAUAGACUCAUUCCCAGGCUCCCAUCGAGUCCUCAACACGCAUGUUCGGUACAACCAACUUCCGGUACAAGCAAGAGAGAAGAGGUGUCGCAUUAUCUUUGUCCUGAGAAAUCCUAAGGAUGUUGUUGUGUCCUUCUUUAACCACCACAAGUCAUUCACGAAUCUAUAUGGGGAGUACAAUGGAUCCUUAAAGGAUUAUCUCCCUUUCUUCCUGGUUGGGAAAACGGACUACGGAUCUUGGUUUGACUAUGUCCUUGAGUGGGAGAAGGACAUCGAGGCCCAGCAAGACCGACACCCUAUACACAUAAUGUACUAUGAAGACAUGAAGCAGAAGCCCUUGGAGGAAAUCCGGAAGUUGGCAGUGUUUCUGGGAGUACCUACUGAUGACUCACUCUACAGCGCCGUGGCAGAGAAAUGUUCCUUUAAGAAUAUGAAGGGCGACAAGGAACCAUACGAUCCAAAGUUCAAGGGCCAACUUUUUGUUUACAGGAAAGGCCAAGUGGGAGACUGGCAGAACUGGCUGACACCGGAACAGAACGAGAUGUUGGAAAAGUUGUACCAGGAGAAGAUGAAGGACAGCAAGUUCAAGGACAAAAUGAGGUUCACGCUGACAUAGGCAGAAGUACCACAUACAUUAUACGCAAUGUCAUAUAUAAUGACGGAAUCAAAUACUCAGUAACCAUUACAACGAUGUACAUAGCCCAUACAACAGUAUGUGACUAUUCAAUGUAUAGCUGCUGUUCUAUUUCGUACUACUUUACACAAUGUUCAUUUUGCAGAACAUAUGGAGAAUGAAAUAUCCUUUCUCACCUUGUCAGGUUGCUGGAACUUUGGGGCAUUGGACAUUACAGCGUGCAAGGUUUGAUUAAAUAUAGAACCGUUGUCGACCCGUUGAGCUUUAGGAUAGGGUUUCUGAAAAGGGAUUGGAAUCACAAUUGCUUCAAACUAAACAUGCUAACAGGAUAAUGGCAAACACAAUCUGAUGUUUGACUACUCGAUUUUCUUUUGUUAGUAUUGGGGAAAAGAAAAUAUUAAGAGACGAUAUAAAACAAAGAGUAGUUGAUAUGGAUACAUGGCCUUGGCAUGGUUCAAUAUUAACAUCUGAAGUCCUUUAGAAAGGUUUCUGUUGGAACAGAGGCUUGUUCUUUAUAAUAGGUAAACACUAUGUUUGUGGAAACUUCACGUUCAGGAAAAGAUGCUCACCAGAUAUUGUUCAUUUUUAUAAAUGUUAUCAAUUUGAUAUCUUGAUAAAAGUUUACAGUCUGAGCAACUGUGCAAGUUUUCGGUGUCUGCGUUAAAAGUUUUCAAUGCGUAACAUUUAACACUAGAGCGUAUUUUAUGUGAGCUUCAUUCACUACUCCAGUGACGUCCUGUUUUGAAGAGAUUGUAUGUAAGCUUCAAUAACUAAAAGGAAGCUAAAUCUAAACUUUGGAUCGCCGGACGUUAAGACAACAUAAAGAUAACAGUCUAUCAGUCAGAGUUUUGCUGACAACGUUUCCAAACUGAACGUUUCCCCCAACACAUCCCCCAACACGCAACGUUGUACCAUGCUGAUUUCAACAGAGUUGUUGGUCCAUUGUCUUAAGUAAACUACUAUAAAUCACUUUUGAAAUGUAGCUGUCCUGCCGAAAGGAAGACUCAUUUUGUGUUUUCAAUUGGAUUUUGAUUGAAACAGCUCUUAUAUUUGGUAUGUCUUUAAUACUUUGUGUUUUAUAAGCCUUCAAAAUGUUUCUCCUCUCUUUUAGAAAUAGCAGAACUAUUUCGAAACAUAAGGCUUCAAAGGCAAACGUGGUCAAACCUGUGACAUUCCAGCAGAUUCAAGUUGCAUUUAUUAACGUAUAUGUUCAUAAUAAUAUAAGCAGAACAGUUAUUCUUAAAUCAGGUUUCAAGACUAGGCCCUAUAAAUGUCUAUCUCAUACAUAUUUUACUGUGACUGAAACCACGUUUCGCUCUUGACACAGCAAUCAUAUAAAUGUCCACAGUCCAAAUUGUGUCUUGUGAAAAGUGACUUUUCUAUAUUGUCUUUUAGGUCUAAAACAGAUUUUCUUCGAGAGAAGAGAAAUUGCAAGCCACGGUCUAUUCAGAUAAAUACAUGUAACUGGUCUAGCCGAUAACAAGCUAACUGAAAGUGUAAAAAGUAUAAUCACAUAUAUCACAUUUAACCACUCUCUGGAAAAGCAUUGUGUAUGGCGACAAGCCGUGGGGGCUGUGCCAACUUAAGCUUGAGAGCCACGAAAAGGGUUAGCAUGUCCCGCACCCGCCAUUUACAACAAAAAUGGCUGAAAAUGAAAGUGUAUUUUGCCUGGCCCCACACAGCAGUACUCCUGCUAUACGACGGCGGUCUGUAAACAAAGCAAACCAUCAGGUGAUCGAUGGACCGGAAAAUACAGUUAGAUAAUUAUGAAUCAUCACCUCUGUGUAGAAUGAGAUUACAAUGCUGAAAGUAAAGAACAGCGUUUGGGAAAUAGGUUGUUAUUUAGCAACAAGAAACAGACAGGUAGUCUGUCAGAUCAAAUGCCUUUUUUGUCGGUUCUCAUUAACCUUACGCUGCUGUGAUUGCUCGUUUUGUUGCAUAAAUUAUAUUUGAAGCCAGGGAGCUUGCGUGUAUUUGCGCUGUGAGGAGUUUGCAUGGUACCGCAUGGCUGUCUGUGAAAUGUUGGUUUCUUUUUCUCAACACGAAAUGAUGCUGACACAGUGCCGAAAUUGAGGUCAACAAUCAGUCUGUCAUCGUAAAUAUUGAAAAACAAAUCAAACUGAAAUAUGUUUCGUCCAAAUAGAUUUUCUUCCACAUGUCUUGGUAUAAUGAAAACCAAACUAAGCCCUACAUGCAUUAGCUGAUCCAUUAUAAGGGAGAAAAAGAAUACGGAAUACAUACACUAUAGUAACACUCCUUCCUCAAUCGUUUAUAUGUUUCAAACAUAAUGGGAAAGUGUUGUUUGAUUAUGUAGAGGUUCUUCAUGAGAACCGUAUUCUGCCCGACGAUCCUUUUGUGAAGCAAGUCAAAGGCUUUUGUAAAUGCGCGAAGGAUGUUUGACACAUUAUCAAUGUCAAUGUUAAUUUUUGUGAUGGAUUAGGACUACUGGACGGUACAGGAAUGACUGUCUAUAAAGUAGUGAUGGGAACUAGUUUAUUUUAGAACCGAUCAAUAAUCAAAAACAUUCGUUUUUCAUUUUGUUUAUGUAAAGCUCGUUAAUGCAGGUAACAAUAAAGAAUAAAAACAUGUA